AUUUCCUGAAAACGCCCCGUGCGAGGGAAAGAAGGAAAACUCAAGUGACUCUGGAUGAUAAAAAAAAAUACGCUUGUGUUGUGUAUCCAAAGACUGGGGGUGGGACGUUGUCUGAUCCUGCCUCGGAGUUUCUUAAGUUAGACUUUAAUACCCACUCUUUCACCCACUUUACCGCCUCAAUCUCACCGCUCCGCUCCACCGACAAAGGUCAGCUGGAGAGUCCCCGUACAGGCGUCAUCAACGCGGCUGCAAACCUCCGCGGACCCCGGCUGGUUUCUGGCAUGGGAGUUUCAUUAACAGGCUGACAACUCGGAGGAUCACCGUGUGCAUGGAGAAAGGCUGUCUGAGGAAGUGAAGAAGGAGCAUAAUACAAGAGUGAUAUCGAGUUUGUGAGCGUUAACACGAGCUGACAAGAUGUUGGGAAGCCAAGGGUCUUAUGCGAACAAGAAGAGGAAGAAGCCCAUGCUCAAACAGUAAGACCUGUCAAAAACUCAUGAAAGAGCAAAAAUAACUAUAUUAAUGUAGGAUUCAGUAGCUCAAGUUGAACAGAAAAGAAAAUAAAUGUAAUGCUAAGCUGGGUUAUUGCUUUAUUUUAGCCUACUUUUAGCAAUAUCUUUUUUUUUCCUGUUUAAAACUACUUAAAAAGUUUAAAUUCAGUUGAAAGAUGCAGUUGUGCACUCUGCAUUUAGUAAAUCAUUUUAGUCACAUUUUAGUCAACACAUUUUCCUUGUUUUGGGAAGUUUUGCAGUCAUAACUUCCUAUAAGAGAUAUUUUAUUAAGCAAGACAGACCUACGUAAUAUUUGAUAUAUAUUUAAUUUUUUCAUGGCUGAUCAAUGUGUGCCAACAAAGACACUAGAUAGGUCAAAAAGCUAUUUGAACUAAUUGAGGAAAAAGUGGGUCAAAUACAAUAAAUCGCACUUUAGGUUUCACACACUGGAACAUGUUUAAUAUUUCAUUUCAUAUUGCGUGAAAAGUUUUAAUUCUGUGUCUGAUUUUUCUCUUGAAUGGCUGAGAGGUUAGUUUCUUUCGAGUCUUUUUCGCGAUAUGUGCAACACUUGGACAGUUUUUACGAUACGAAUAUCAAGGAAAACGAAGUUAACCUGCGUUAAGGUCGCGCAGACCUGAGUAACUUCAACAAUCGAGAAGUCAAACUUGUGUAUCCAAAUCAAGUACAAUUUUUGGAUAAUUUUGAGUAUUGUCCACUGUGAAACCUAAACUAUGUUCUUAUGAUUGUCUAUGAAGGUCUCCUGUUGGUUUGUUUCCCACUUGUUGUGCGGACCACCUUAAGAAUGUGUCGAGCUCGGAUCUGGCAUGGAUAUCUUGCCCUCGCGCAUUAAUCACAAUCAAGUUGGAGAGUCGGCUGCUGCUCUCACGCGAUGCUCCGAGGAGGGAGGGGGGUGAACGGAGGGGGGGCCUGGGGCUCGAGGGCUUUGAGAGUAUGUUAUUGUAAUGUGAUACUGUACGGCCUCACACUUCAUGUCCCCGGGCUCUCUGCAGCCUGUGUGCAGCGCUCGACUGCCUCUUUCUCGCUGCUUUUUAGCACUUUUUGUUUCGUCUGCAUGACUUUUGUGAAACUUUUAAAAAGUUUGUACAUUACAUUUGGUGAGAAGUGGGGCCUAUAGUAAAGCACUGAGCCUACUUCCACCAGGCUGCUGAUUUUAUCAGGCUGUUUUCCACAGUUCAUUAAACUGUCCAGUAAGGUCCAAAAUGCAAAUCAUAAUUCCCUGAGGCCUAAAGGUUUGUGUAAAGGAUAAAUUUACUCUUCCAACAGUCCAGCCCUCAAAGACUAUUUAUGUUUAAGACAAAUAAAGCACCGAACCAGGAAAUAUUUGGGAGCGUAGUCGUAGAAAUGAGCAAACAAAGUGCUAAAUUAUUAGCAGUAGUUGUCAUAAAUGUUAUAAACAGCUGAUGUUUGAGGCUAUUAUCCUGGAAACCUAUUGAAUAGACAUCAUUAAACUAUUGUUUCAUUAUGGCUUUUCCUCUACAUAGUUGGCAUAUGAUGAUUAAUAUUAUUAUAUUAUAUUAUGAUAUAUAUUUAAACCAUUAGUGCAGGAGAAGGGGUGGGACUAAAUAAGUCUCGACCUCUUCCCACUCCUUUUUGAACAUGAAUAACUUUUUGUCAUUUUUUUGUUGUAUUCUUUACUUCAUUAUUAUCAUAAUUAUUAUGAUUAUUAUUAUUAUGAUGAUUUUUAUUAUUAUUAUUAUUACAAUAUUUAAAAUAACUUCAAUCAAUCAAUCAGUACAUCAGGCAUGUCCAGUGUUAGGCACCAGAGCUAAUAAUAAUAUCUAUCUUGUUUAUUUUUUCUUUCUCACUAAUUAAAGAUGGCUGGGCAGAAAUCCAAAAGCUCCUGUGGCAAUAUUUAACAGAGCCAAGUGUUUUUUUUUAUUUGUUAGCUUUAUUAUUAUUGUUAUAAAAAAAAAACAACAAUGUGAUAGUGGCAAUAGAUAUUAGCCAUAUAGUGGACUCUUUAGGAGGCGUCACCUUUUCUGUCACUGUGCAAACCAUCACUGUGGUGAUACUUGGAAAGAGGUAAAUUCACAGCCACAUUUCUACACAUGUAUACGUCUUGUUUGUUUGUGCUACUUGUGCUAAUUGGGAGCCUAGUUGUAGAAAUGAGCAAACUAAUUGCUAAAUUAUCAGCAGUAGUUGUCAUAAAUGUUGCAGACAGCUGAUGUUCAAGGCCAUUAUCCUGGAAACCUAUUGAAUAGAAAUUGCGAAACGAUUGUUUCAUUAUGGCUUUUCCUCUACAUCAGGCAUGUUCAGAGUCAGGCACCAGAGCUAAUAAUAAUAUUGAUCUUGUUUAUUUUUUCUUUCCUACUAAUUAAAGACGGCUGGGCCUAAAUCCAAAAGCUCCUGUGGCAACAAUUAACAUAACCAAGUGUUUUUAAAUUGUUAUUUGUUAACAUUAUUAUUAUUAUUAUUAUCAAAAAAUCAACAAUGUGAUAAUGGCAAUAGAUAUCAGCCCUAGAGCGGACUCUUUUGGAGGCGUCACCAUUUCUGUUACUGUGCAAAUGAUCACUUUUGGGAUACUUGGAAAGAGGUAAAGUCAAAGCCCCAUUUGUACACGCGUAUAUUUCUUGUUUGUUUGUGCUACUCACUAUGUUGGAGAUACUUUUAUGUGCAGUCAGCAGUGUUUUUAAUUGAAAGAAAUAUGCCCCAAACCAUGGCUCUGGCUUGCAAACUCCAGUAUUUUCAGCCUUCUUUGCAGAUCCAUGUGCAGACGAAUCAUUUUCCCAAUUCAUCACAAGCAAUGAUAGAUUGGAGCUUUUAAGGGCUGGAUGUUUCUCUCUGAGUUGGUGGUGACCAAAAUAGAGCUCCAAAAUGAUAAGUUAUCAAGUUUCAUGCUUAGGGCAAAUUUGAGCCUGAAAAAGCCGGUUUGGCUGUUUUUGUCUGUUUGGCUGGAGUUUUAAAGACCAGUUCAUUGACUGUUUGGCCUCGCGCACAUCCACUUUCACUCUCUUUCUGUCAACACUUCUGUUUCUUGCCUCUGCUUCAAUGGUUAAAGUACAAGCUUGUGCUGAUAAUAGUCGCUGUUUGCUUUCAAGUGUUCUGCCAGAAAGAUAUAGUGUAGUUCUGUGAGAGAUCGUACCUGCUCUAUCUAAGUGACAGGGCUGUUUGAAGCGAAGAGGCGCCGUUGCACCUAUUAUAAACCAGCAUCCUGUCACAUAAUGCUAUUAUAAAAUGAAAUUGCAGAUAAUUUUGCUUUAAUUGUGAUGCUUGGACAGCAGUGUAGAGUUACACCCUUCUUAUGUCAAUCAAAGCCAUCUUUUUUUGGUCUGACGAGACUUUGGCUGCCAUCAGAAUUUAAGAAAAAAAACAACAAACACUCUUUAUACAGUGAUUAACAAUUGGUAACAAACGUAAUCCAAGUCUAGGUUUGUUUGUAUAAGUAGUUACAACAUGUCCCAGUCAUGUAAUUCAAAAAAAGUACAGAUAGAAGUAAUUGCACAAUAAUUUUUGAUGACAUUGUUCAGAACAGAGUAGAGCAUUGACACUAUAAGCAUGGUGCAUAUAGGCUGUUCCCAGUGUGAAUCCCAAAAUAAAAAGGUGGCCUGUGUGCAGACGUCUGUGUUCCUGCAGAAGUUAGACUGUGGAGCGAGGACUGAGGUUUCCUGAACGGCCAGCUGGGCACAGCUGCACAAAGGCACCAUUCAGCCUGACUGUAAAAAGCUGUGGUCACCACACAGGGGCAUUCCAUCCAAAUUCUCUGUUUUAUUACCCGGAUGCCUGCAGUGUAUGUUGCCAGUCUCCCUCAGCCAUGCAUCCAACUAUAUUAUUAAAAAUGCCUGCAUAAUAUGUUCUUGGAUGCAAUUUUUCAUUAGAGAGCAGUCUCACAUUUCACAUCAGUAUUUUUAGCCAGCGUUCGAUAUGGCUGUUGGAUAAUAAGAGACUGCAACGUGUAUUCAAAAAUAUGCUUGGAUAGAAUAACUAAGAAACUCUGCAAGAAACAGCCAGCUAUUGAAGAUGUUGUUUUUUUUCUUUGUCUUUUACUUGUGAGUACAUGCCUUCUUACCAUUGCAAAGAUUUGACUGAGCUGCUGGUGAAAAAGUGAACAUCCUCUGCAAAGUAAAAAAUAGUAGGACCCCAAAAGAGGAUUGAACUAUUAUGUGAAGGGACCUCAGUAGUCCCCUCAUAAUGUAAACACUGUUGACAAAACUUGUAACAUAACCCUCAUUGAUGGGUUGUUACUUGCAGCUUAGCAGCAGCUCCCAUCAAACAUCCUGUUUCCCUGCACUGCAAUGGAAAGACUCUGACUCUUGGCCCCAGACUUCUUUAUUCAGUGGUUUUUCACUGGUUUUGUUUUUUUUUUACAGAAGAGGAAACCUCUGUGGAUAAUUUUGUACCCUGUAAAAAUGUUGUUGACUGGAGGAAUCCUGACCUAAAAACAAGUUAGGCUAAUGUCAGCAGCAGCUCAGCUCACAGCCUCUCCUGACGUGCUGUGUACGCAUUGACGAGACAAUGAUUUGUGGCCUGAAAUGGAUUCAAUUAGCAAAGUCAGGUCUGCUUUAGAUGGGAGGAGAGCUCUGACUUAAAUAAAGAGUUUCACCAGCAAAACAAGGUCAGCUCAUAAAACAAGCCUCACUAAUGUUAGCGGUAGCUCAGCUCGCAGCCGCCUGGACAUGCUGUCAUCUGACAGACACUUAAAAUAAACCUGAGACUAAUUAAUUCUGUGUUUUUAGCGGUCUCACUUGUAUUUUACAUGCAAAUUCAGUGCUUACCUUUCAUUGCUUAACAUACAACUGUAAAGUUCGUAACUGGUCAUUUACAACUUUUUCCAAGCCUCGAUUUUCACCCCAAAUGUAGCCUCUCAAAUGAAAGUCAAAGACAAGAACUUACAGUGAGAAAUUGCUUUUUAUUUGCUGUACAACUGCAAACAAAAUAAUAACCAGAAAAUCUAAUUGGAACAUGCUUGUCUUUUUUUAGUCCUCUGCCGUACUGCGCUCUAACAGGAGCAGCCUUUUUACAGGCUGCUGGGAAAAUUUGGGUUAAUUAUAGUGUACACGGCCAGAAAUAAUGUGUGUGUCUCUCGUGUGUGUGUGUGUGUGUGUGUGUCUGUGUGUGUGUACUUGACUAAGUGGAUUACAAUUCGCACACUUUAUAGUGUGACUGUGCAUUAAUUUUGGCCAGCAAAGGUAGCCUUAAUGAGAAAAGAUAAUCUGUUUCAACAGUGCGCGGUGAUCUAAAGGGAUUGUGAGAAACGCUGGUUGGCAGACAGAGGUUUGGUUGAGCGCCAAAACACUCCGGGUGAAAAACAAAGUUGCUCUUUGUUCUCUCGCCCUUUGUUUCCUUUUCAAAGUGAAGUCGCUCACAAACACCAGUUAAACACUUUUUAUCACCGUCGUGCACUAACAGGAAACCUGUCACUGUUUAUGACAGAAGUAAAAUCUGUGCGAUGAGUGAGCGGCUAACACUCGAAUAAAUCAUAGUUCGGUCGGUUUUGUGGAUUUAGGCUGUGUUCUAUUAUCUCAAGUUUAUCUCAAAGUACAUUUUAUUAUCUUUCUGUCAUGAUAAUUUUAUCACCAUUUGAGAGUUCAAAGUUUUACUUUGAAGCGUCAUUUAUCUUUUUCCCCCCCAAGGGGUGUAAUAAAUUUAAUCAAGUUGGUGGCUGUUGCUCAGUCGGUGAAAGUUGAAAAAGUUGGUUUGUGGGUUUUUUAAAGUCUUUAAAUGCUAAUUCUGAAAGUAUGCCAAGAGAGAAAGUCUAUUCUGAUCGUAAAAUGUGUCUUUUUGCUUUGUGAAGAAGUUUUGGACAGAUAAUAUUAACCCUAACUCAGGCCCGUGUGGCCUUAUCUGGUGGUGGUGAAUAUUGGACUGAAACUCGAUGGUAGUUCUUCAGAGUUCAUCGAUAAGCGUAGCAGCACUCUGUAAUCAAUAUAAAGUUGGUAUCUCAUAAUGCGGUUUUCAAGCUUUGGUAAUAGCUCAGUUACCCUCUAUGCUAGGUGGUGACAUGAACUCUUCUUCCAGUCAACUUGUUAUGUACCAAAACAAUCGAUAGACGCUUUAAAAACUGGCCAACAAGUGAUACGAUAAAAAACAGUCACUGUUACAGCUUUUGUAGCUUUUGUCUGCAUGAUACAACAGUUUCGUCUUUUUCUUCAUCUGUCGAGGUUUGUUUACUGCCUGGUUUCCUAGCAACGCUUUUAUGCUGUUCAACAAUCAAGCCAAAUCCUGACGACAAGAGCAUAUAAACAGUGCUCAGGCAAGUUUGGGUCUGAUUGAGCUGUUUGCUUGGAUUAUAAUCCCCAACUGCAUUAUCCAGGUAUGUUAGUCGGACUCUGAGAAGCUCAAUUUAGUGUGAUUUCAGUCAAACUAUUGUGUAAACAUGUAUUCUUAAAGUCAAUUUUCAGAUUAAAGUCAGAAUGAGGAUUAAGAUGCAUUUCACCAGACUGCUCAGGGGAAGCGCUGAUCUUCUUUGGUACCCAUAAUUCAACACAGUUACUCUUCAAAAGUACAGCAGUAAGAGGCUACUUCCUGUAAGACUUCCUGGGCCAGAAGCUUUAUCAACCCAACACAAACUAAGAGAUUUUUUCAGGAAGUUGAUUUGAAGACAGUGUUUUAGAGUUUCCUUGUAAGAGUUUGUUGCUCUCUCUCUCUCUCUGCCAUCAGAUGCUACUUUAAAUUGAUUCCCUGAAGUGACCUUAUACCAAACAGAAACCUCCUUACUUUCACAGAAACUCCUGGAUCCAAUUCAGUGUCCCCGUGAUUCAAACAUUUUUCCAUAUCUAUAGCUUUAUUAAAAUAAUGCCGAUCAUAGCUUUGCGUGUCACGCGAUCUGCUUUGAAGAUGGUCCGAGCAUAUGAAACAUUGAUGAUGUGUAAGUUAUGUCCCAGAUUGUAUCUGUGCUUGAUUAUUGUAUGCAUUCACGCAGCUUCUUAAUUUUCUAUUGUGCCGUUUGAUGCAGCUGGACAGCAGCAUUCAUACCGUUUACUUCUGAGUGAGCAAAUUUCUUUUGUUUGUCUCAGCAUGAGUAUAAACUACCAGAAAAUCUGAAGUUAAGACUGAUUUCAGAACACUUCAGUUUUUUUGGCAUUAAAUGGUCGGCUCAGUAGGAUACUAUUUAGUUGGACUGCUUUUGUUGUUACCCAAUUAUCAUCUUUAUUUUUGCACGUUUAUUCACAACAUAUGCUCUUAAAUGUGAGUCCUCUUUUAUUUUUCCCUCUCUGCAUGGAAACCUCUUUGUCGGCAGGAGCCUGCUUUUGUAAACUACCCUACUUCCAAAUUUGUCCGCAGCCAAACGUGUGUGUAGGAAUCACGCUCUUUCGUGCUUUUGAAGCUCUGAGUCAUCCCUCUGGAUCUGGCAGACGCUCUGCCUGCUUUCUUCUAACAAAUCUGUGUCAGAGUCUUUGUUGAACUCAGUCUGCUGUGAUGAAACUGAGACAGAGGUGUUCAGGGUCAGGUUUCUACUCGUUUGGCCUUUAGAUAAGGAGCGUAGACAGAACUCCAGCAGAGAGGUAAAACUUUACCCUUUCCGACAGCGAACAGCAUCCCGACAUCUGCUGCUCCAACCCGUGAUCCAUGGCAAAUCAAGGUGGAAGAAAAUGGUUUGAAUGCUGGCUUUUGUCCCCCUUUGGCAUUUCUUUAGAGUGAGAUCAGCCCUGUUUCAUUUCUGAGAAGGUGCAGCCCGAUCGAGUUCAGACCACAUUCCCUGUCGACUUUUCAGUGGAAGAGGAGGAAAUUUUAUAGCCUCCCAGUAACCAGAGUUUCGGUAAAUGCACUCCUUCUAACCCCAUAAAUGUGAAAUGCUACAAUUAAAGAAAGAGGUUGUCUCUAUACUGGCACUUUUUUUUUAGCCAAGUCAUAAUUGUCAGAUGUUAACUUUAAGACCUUCAUUCCUCAUUCGUGACGUUUUUCUCUGGCAGGGGGUGAUAACGUUGGAACAAUACGUGUAUUAGAUGAGUUUUACUAAAGUAUUAAAUUAGUGUUUGCAGGUGCCUGCUGCAAAAAUCACCUCUAGAAGAUUCCUGGUUGAAUUGCAUUUCAUUAGCUGAAUAUCAGUGCUGUUUUUUUUUUUUUUUACUGAGUCAUCCACAAUCACAAAAACAUGGCAGGCUGUAAACUUCACACACUAAGCUAAAAUGACCCUUCUGUGUUCCUAAUUUGCAAAUUAUCCAUGAAAGCGUCCUCUCAAUAACAAACAGACUCGUUUUUUUUUAACUAGUAAACAGAAUGAAGUAGAUCCUUGUUAAAAAUGUGUCUGUCCAACAUUUUUUGGGAGAACUUUGGAGGCUAUAAACUAAGGCUGUAAGUUUUUCAAAAGAGUGAUUUUAAUUGAAUUAAAAACACAGAUUGCAGAUGUUUGAGCAUUGCCAGAAACACGAGUCCAUCAGCUUCAUGGAAAUCGAUUGCAGCUCUCAUUUUACUUAUGAUAGUACCUGCAGACAUUACACCGCUCGACUCUGCUGCCUCACUGGUCAGCCUGUAGAUUUACUGUCAUUUAUAUGUAAGAUAUUUUCUGCAAAGUUGACACGCAGUCCUGUUUGUGUCUCUCAUUUACUGUCAUUUAUAUGUAAGAUAUUUUCUGCAAAGUUGACAAGCAGUCCUGUUUGUGUCUCUUAUUUUACCAGCAGAGCAUUUCAGUGCCUUUAAAUUACGAUUGAAAAAACAACUUAGAACAGGAACAGAGUCACUUCUUAGACAUAAGGAUGCGUAGAUUUUAAUUGUCAUUUAUGGUAUAAAGUUGGGAGUGGUGGGUAUGACAAAAGAAGGGUUUGAAGGCAUCCCAACACAAUCUUGGAAGUUGUAGGUCACGUAGAAGGAGAUUAUUUCAAGUUAAAAAAAAAAAAAACCCUCAUUGUGCCUUUAAAUUACGAUUGAAAAAACAACUUAAAACAGGAACGGAGUCACUUCUUAGACAUAAGGAUGCAUAGAUUUUAAUUGUCAUUUAUGGUAUAAAGUUGGGAGUGGUGGGUCUGACAAAAAAAGGGUUUGAAGGCAUCCCAACAUGAUCUUGGAAGUUGUGAAAAACAUUUUUUGACAGACUCAUGGUUAGCUGUAGCCCUGCAGUCUAUUUGAUGCUUUUAGGGACCUGCUCUUUGCCUGCCUGUUUUCUCGAGCAGGUGUGCAGCAUGAAAACGCCAACGGAGGCGUUUUGUGUUGUCCCUGUUGCCCCCUCGGUCCUUGACCCAUUUCUCUUUCACUCUCCAUGCAGCAUGUGUGUCUGAUUUGUGAGUAACGGCGUGUAUCUCCAGCCAGCCAUGUCUCGAGUUUGUGUUUUUGCACUUAAGCACGGGUGGUCUGAAAGCCCGCCGCCCCGAAAGUGAAAGUCGAGCCGAGCAAAUAAAGCUGCUGUCAUGGUUAAAGACUGGUUUCCAUUUUGACAGAAUACACAAAGAGGCAGUGGUAUGACUCAUGAUGAGGUUUGAUUUUGUUGUACUCCCUCUUUCUUUGGAUAAAAAUCUCAAAAUGGCAGUUAUGAGCGAGCUACUGCAGCUCGAUAGUUGUCAAGGCUAUGAAGAAGAUGCCUAUCACAAUAACAGUCUCUAAUUCAGAUUUACAGCUCAGUGUUCAGGAUGUCAAGCAGUCCAGGAAGUUGAUGUUAUCCCCAGCAAAUGGCAGAGAUGUCAGUGGUUUUAUUAGAGACAUUAAGCCAUCCAUUUGUUUGAUUUAUACGCAGUUAUUUACACUCAUUCAUAAAGCUUGUCAUCUUUAAGUUUGUCAAAUAUUCAAGCAAUUAUAAACCUCUCCUGUCUUAAGAAUCCCCAUCAACAGCCAUGUUAAAAUGCCAGUUUCCAUAUUAGAGUUAAUUAAGCUUACAGAUCGGUACAAAGUUCAGCUCUAAGAUCAACAAGUCGGCGUGCUGUCACUGGGUGAGGGUGAAAGCCCGCCUCCGCUCCUCCUCUUUGCUCUUUGCAGGGGUGACUGGAAGUUUGGUUGAGUCAGCGUUUCUCAUUCGGCAACCGCCAUCAUUCAUCGCGACGAAACGCUUCUCCAGAAACCAAUGGAUGAUGUCACCUCUAAUGCACUUAUGCACCCAGAUCAGAGAAAUAGAAAAACCCAAAUCCAGAUGCAUGCUGGAGGAUUGAUUCCCAGUGCAGUAUCAAAAAUACGCAGCUUUCCCUGUGACAAAAUCUGACCCACCAAGAAGUUUUUAUGCGUCACAGUACUUUUGAAACUGGGACGACGCUGUGCAGGUCUAAACAGAGCCCUGUUUCCUGUUGCCCUGACAAAGACUCAAUCCGGCGUGUGCUCCACUAUCUUAGUUUCGGUGUAUUUCCUCGUGCUUCUCUGAAAUAUGAUACUGUUGUUUUGUUCCGAACUUGACGAGGAUCUAAUAAUGUAUUUAUUGCCUCACCAAAGAUAAAAUAAUCAUUGUCCUGUCGGCUCUAUAUAAAAAGCUCUUAUGAGUUUCUGAAAGCAUUCCUUUUCCAGCAAUCAUCACAGGAGCGGAUGUGUGUUGACUCACGUGAGCUGCACUGUUUAUUAGUCACGUCCAUGGCAGCGUCUUUUUUCCCUGAGCAGGUUUGUAGCUAUAAUGACGAUUUCUUAAAGUUGCUCAUCUUUAAUUAACAUGUCUCACUCUGCACCUGAUAACAGAUGUCCUGAUCGGGCAAAAACAUGCUCUUUAUUCUUAAUCACAGUCUACUAAAAGAUGAGUAUUUGCAGCUUUUUUGUAACAUCUGUGUUUUUUUUUCUUUUAAUUCAACAGAAAAAAGGCUUCUGAGGGAAAUGAAGUCGUUAAAUCCAACCCUUCAAAGCGCCACCGGGAUCGGCUGAACGGGGAGCUGGACCGGCUGACCGACCUCCUGCCGUUCGCAGAGGAGGUCCGCACUCGUCUGGACAAACUGUCGGUUCUUCGUCUCAGCGUGGGCUACCUGAGGGUCAAGAGCUACUUCAGAGGUAAGGAUCAACCCGGUUUAAGCACAAGCCGAGUCUGUAAUUUCAUCUCCUUAAAUGCAGAAAAGUCAACAUUUACCGGCAGGAUGAGUCAGGAGGUGAACUUGGGACACACUGCUUGGAGCACAUCCUCAUCAGCCAACACACUAUUCUAGCUUUAAUUAACCACUUUGUAAACACAAGCUAACUAAGAGUAAGGUUAUUGCAUAUAAAUGUUAUUAAAAGGAAGUAAGGUUAGCUUCUUUCAUUGUCAGAAAAUUUCUAUAGCAAGAGUUUUGAAUCAUUUUCAAUGAGACCUCCACUCUGUUGAACCACGUGGUUUGUUCCCACCCUCUGGGCUUGAAAUACAUUUUGUAAAACGGAGGGAAUUUCCCCCAUAAAUGCUUUAUGCAGGAGGUGCAUGGGGGGAUGGGAACAGUUUUUGGGUGAAGGGAUUUUGAGCUCAACUGUGGGUUUAACCUUGUCCUGGUUUUACCUCUGGGUUCCUUUGUUUGACUGACGUUGGCAGGAGCUGCUAUGUAAUUAUUUUCAUCGUAUAAACGGUCUUUGUGGUUUUUCAUUUAUGAUGUAUUAUACGUAAUUUUUUGUACAAAUAGUGGAACAGUAUGUAUGAGUCAUAAAUCUAAAUCAGCCAACGGUAACCUUCUUUGUUGUUGUUGUUCACACUUUGAAGUCUGGGGCUGUUAGUUUUUUCUUCAGUUUCAUGAAGAUAAUGGGAUGAACCAAUGAGAAACUGUUUCAACUAACCCAGUCUUGUUUUUGAUCUGGCAGUGCCCACAACAUUAAUUUCAGGUCAAUUUAAAAAAUGUUAGGAUUUUAACAGAUCACAGAGCUUAAGUGACAAACAUGAUGUAAGUUCAAUUCAUUCAUUCCACAAGGACCAAAUGUAAAUGUAAACUAGUUUUUUUUCUAGCUUUAGAUAGUUUGUAUUUAUGUCCAGAGGGUAGAGAAAAAAAUCUCCAAGAGUUUGUGGUCAGAAACGGACAAAAUUGAGAGUGCCUUCUGCACAACAAACGCCAACUCUCUUGCUGGCUUCUGUAACAAUUCGUGACAGUUUUUGGUUUUAACUGUAAGAUUCAUAUUUGCCUUCAUUCAAAAGCAUUUAAAAAAGAAAAUGUACAAAUAGUUGACAGUAAUUUUGUCGUACUAUCUCUAGAUCCGAAAAUUGUACCAUGAAAAAUAAUAAUUAGUUUCUCCUUCGCCAUAGUUGUUGUAAAAGUUGGUAUCGGAAGUCUCGCCCCCUUUGUGAUUCUGUUUGGACAUAAUUCGUGUUUUUGCACUGAGGACACUGAAAUGGAAACGAAAACCCUAAAAUCCUUUUUUUUUUUUUUUGAGGAAAUACCAUAAAGUCCUGAAUAUGAGUCACACCAGAAUAAAGGACACAGUCAGUUUUAAGGGGAAAAUAUUUAAGCUGUGUUAAGACUUCGAUUGCUUUUCCUCCACAAGUCCACAAUGUACAGAUUCGAUGCAACUGUGAAGCUCUACAAGAACCAAAUGUUUUUUGCUAUCCUGCUACUGAUAUAUGAGGUAGCUGUGAGUUGCUACUCUGCUGAGUAAGAUACUGUAACGUGAUGAAAUACCUCACCAGACACAGCUCACUUUUUAGUUGACCAAGAAGUCUUAAAAGUGUGGCAAUCUGACAAUGACUUCCAUAUCUUAACCAACAGAUAUCUGCAUGCAAGUACAGCUAAGAAUCUACUCUAAAUUAAACUUUUACACUAGACUUGAAAUGUAUUAGAGUUAGUGGAUCUGACAUUUUAAAAGUUGUUUUCUUCUCCACAUAUCAGGACAUAUCUGACAGGCUUGACUUCUUCUUACUUCAGCAAAAUUAAGACCUGUAAUUAGAUCAGACGUCUAUAGGUUUUUUUUUUCUGGGUCAAAGUCUGAGUGAAACCUCUGUGUGACUUACUGUUGAACUGAAACUUGAAAAUAAUGGUGUUUAUGUCACGAAUGCUGACCCAACAUUGUUCUUCAGUAACACCACAACUAACAGAAACUUCUUCAUGGAGCUCCUGUGAGGAACUUUACGCAGUGUAGAGAUAUUAUUUCACCAUGUCUUUUCAAGCCAUCGUCUCAAACAUCUAAGGCCUUGACUAUUUGAAUAAACAGAUAUAUAAUCAAGCUUUAGCAGCAUGAGCUAGAAUGAGGAAGAGCUGGAUCGCUGUUGUUAAAACAGGAACAGUUUGACAGUAACGUUUGAAAAUUCUUGCAGAACAUUUGACAGCCUCGACAGGAAUGAAAAGCAUGCAGGAAUCUGGUUUUAGGAAACAACACAUCCUCUGAUCCUCUGUAACCUUACUCCACCCUCUCUACAAGCAACACCGACAAAAGCCACCCUGCAAAAGGAAAUCAUGAGGUGGAGAUUUAAUAUAUGAGCAUUCACUGUUGAUCAGUUCGACCACCGUAGCUUUAAAAAUACCGAUGAGUCGAGAGUGACUCAGUUAAAUGUGAAUCACACGCACGCCACCUGCAGAUGAUAGGGUAGCUGAAGUCAAACAUAUCCACUCAGGUGUUGGCAGACGAGCUGCUGAGUAAGUCGGCCUGUUGCCUCAGGCUUCAGUGCUGGGUUGAGAAGUGAUGUGUCUUCUCUCUGUUGCUUUUUGGUACUUUUUUAUGUGCAUUGUGCCGCCUGGAGCUUUUCUAGGUACACAGAGUUAAAUCUGGGAUCUACUCUCCGCAAAAGUGAAAGGACUGUGCUGGAGCGGUAACCUUAAAAUGCAUGCAGGGCUCGACAGUGCGACCAUGUCACUCACAUUUGUGACUGAAAAUAGAUGUGUGCGAAUUGUAACAUUCAUUUAGGGGCACAUGUGCAGUGAAGUUAGUUUUAGGUUGGGUAUUCGGCGCAUAUUCACUGAGGAUCUACUGGUGUUGAAUAAGGGACCAUCAAUAAAUAACCGGUUGAUGUUCUCAGAAAAGGCUAUUUUCCUUCAAUAGCUUCCAUGUCAUGUGACCAAUUGACCUAAAAUUCAUUUCAAAUAAUAGCACUAAGAUUGGACAAUAGACGCACCUCUUUAUUUCCCUGAUUUGUCCUCAUACAAUGUUUGUGUUAAAUUUAAAUUUAAGGCAAAUUUUGAAAAAAAAAUUUCAAUAGCAUCUAUGUCAUGUGACCAAAAAAAUUAAAAAUUACUGCUGUUAGAGUGAUGUAAAAAUUUCAAAUAGAAGUACAUAUUUUGACCAACAAGACAAACUUUAUUUGUAGGGCCUGACUGAUAUGGAUUUUUUGGGGCAGAUGCCAAUACAGAUUAUUAGGGAGGAAAAAAAUCUAAUUACUCAUUAAUCGGCUGACUUAAAAUUUUUUAUGAAGUUUUAAAAUUUUGUUAACUUAAGUAAUAUAUCUACAUAUUUAUUUCAUGUUUUUAAAACAAAUGGCUGCUUUUUAGCCUUUUAAACACUUUUUCAAAGAAUUAAAGGCAGAAAACUCCUUUCAAAACUUUUUUAUUGCUAAAACACUUGAAAAAGAACGAGGUAUUUUGUGUAAAGUGCAAACAGUAAAGUUAACUUCCAACUCUUUUGCUCAACACCCUCAUCCCUCACAUCCCUUAACACAAACUGCAAAAGAAUGAGGUAUUUUGUGUAAAGAGCAAACAGUUAAGUGCUAUUGGUAAGGCUUGUGCUCUUCACAUGAAGACCGACUGAUCAUCAUUUCAGUAAUAUUCCACGUAUUUAUCAUGAAUCAAACUCGGACCAGAAAAGCGUUUUACUGUGUCUACUACUGUAUCUGCAGACUGCUCUCUUCUUAGUUGAGCAGCAUGCAGCUUAAGCCUCCAGUAUGAAUGAACAUGUUACAUUCAGUCACAGGAGUUGUGACAUACCAGCGCUGUUUGCUCUCACACCCUUUUGGCCUACUUUUGAACCAUGCAGGUAGGAGACAGGCUGAAGAGUUUUGGUUUCAUCGUCAUGUCAUUGCUUAAGGUAGAAGUGUCAGUAAACUCGGCUCACUUACAUUUACAUAUCCACCUCUAAGAUCUCUUAACCUGCUUUUGGUAAACUCAGAGCUGGAUGUUGAAAUGGAAUAAAUAUGCAGACGGAAUCAUCCAAGGAUUGAACCAAGAUGGUCUUAGCUGCCACAGCUGCUUGUUCGUGUUUCCCACAAAGUCCUUCCUGUCAGAAAAGGGGGGUAGUGGGGCAAAGGUAGAUGAGUCUUGAGAGGCAUACCGCAACAUCUUACAAACUAAGCAAGAGUUUUGUGUCUUAAUGUUUGAGUAUAUAAACCACAUUUACCUGACAAGUUUCUUCUGGACUUAAAGCUCCGGUAAGGAGUUUUUAACUGGCAGAGAAAAAGACAGAAACUGUUACUUAAGCCUCACUGUAGCAUUGAGAAGCUAACAAGACACCCAGUAACCAGACUGAUCAUUUCUCUAUCCUAACUUUUAAUGCCUGAAACCGCCAUGAGGGGAGUAGGUGUCAGGCAAGGUGAUUGAUAGCACGCUUAAAAAACAGUCUCUGUUUACUGUUUGCACGACAAAUAUUUACAGUAGGUGAUCUGUUUUAGAGUUAAAAGACAACAGGAUGAAGUUUUCUUCCGGAAAUACUACUUUUUCAUGUACAGGAAAGGGACAAGAGGUGUUGUUUAGUUUUAAAGUUCCUUACAGGAGCUUUAAAGGAGACUCAAAAUACACUUUUUUUUUCUCCCAAGAAACAGAAUUUAUCAACAAGCAGUCCUGGUCUUAGUUUUGCUUUGUAAUAAGGUAUCCCUCUGGACUUUACAGGUGAAACUUGCUUAGUGUUGAGUUUUUGUAGUACAGGAUGCGACAGUGAAAUAAAAAAUGACAGUGUCUGCAUUUGUGAUAUGGAUGCAUCCUCUCCACCUGCUGGCUUUUCCCCAAAUAUUUCCUGCUGCAUUCUCACAUCCUGUCACCCUGGGAAGUUUUUUAAGGUCUUGUGCAAGUGGAUACGGAUUAUUCCGAAAUGUGAAAAGAACAAAUUCUUGGUACCAGAAGCACAAAAGCUUGACUGAAGGAUCUCUGCCAUCGGAGUAAAAUGAGUCCCAGUUGAUGUUCGGAUCAAGAGCAGCUGCCGGGAUUCAACAAAGAUCUGAGACUCUAUCGUUAUCUUUGUGUUUCCCAUUUAGUACAGGUUGUACAAGCCUUGUAUCUACAGUUUUUAUACAUUUACAAAUAGUGCAUGUAGAACAUUUGUCGAGUCAUGUCAGACUCUUGUCAAACACCUGAGGCCACGAGAAAAGAGACGUUUUAACACUUCACUUCACAUGCCAUUUCUCCCAAUCAAAGCGAUUUAAGAAUCUGUGCUCCUCAGGCGUAUUUCAGACCAUGCAAAUACAAUGAUACACAGUGACUGACAUGCUGAACAAAGAAAGAAAAAUUUACAGUCAUGUUUGCAGUGUGUGUAUGCAAAUUUAUAAAUCUGUCAUUUCUCCACCUGGGGACUUUUUUCAAGUUUUAGUAUUAGGAUUUCCUUUUCUUCUCAUUGCACCAAGUUUUACUUAAAGUGCUCCAAAGUUUGGUACACCUCGCCUCAGCGGUUCCCUUUUUACCUAGACAUUCUUUGAGUUGUAGAUAGUACCAAGCACUUUUUUUAAAAGUACCAAUAAACCAAAACCUAUUUAGAUUCAGACUCUCUAAAUUUCAACCCAACCACUUGAUUAUACUUCUCUAAUUUCACUUGAUACCGCUGUUAAAGGAGUGUAUUGUUGUCUGGGAUGUUGUCUGGUGCAUUCAUGUGAGGGCUCAUCCUGAGAAGUGAUAUCCUGGAUCAAAGUUGGUCAUGAAUAGAGGCCCUGCCAUGAAGUUUUUUUCUUUUUUUUGUGUGUGUGCUGUGGAUGCUCACUUUGCGCUGAAAACACUUGGCUUUAUAAGAUUGAAUAGUACAUAGUUUCUGCCAUUGCAAAACAAUGGGACCAGAUGACACAACCUCUAUCUGUUGUUUUCUAGCUGACUUCCUCUGGUGAUUUUAAGCUGAACACAAAUAAGCAAAGAUCCCCUUUAAUUAUUUGAACCCAAAUUUAUUUCCCCAUUCAGAAAUAUUUGGAUUUUUUUUCAUAUGAAGUUGCUGUUAAAUGGAUGUAUUGUUGUCUGGGGUCUGGUCCGCUGCAUUCAAGUGAGAUCUUAUCUGAGAAAUUGACAUCCUGAAUCAAAUUUUGUCGUGAAUGAGCUGCUGUUUACAAAGCAUCUUUCAAGUAUUAGAGAACUUUAACAAUAGUUUGUUUGUAUCCAUCCGAUACAAUCCUCAUGAAACUGACAUUUUUUGACAGAAGAAGAAAUUAAUGAUUUUAGUACAGCACCAGAGUUUCCAGAAUGAUUUGACCAUCCUAAACUAUUUGUUUGUACUUGACUUGAAACUGCUUCUAUACAUGCAUGUUGUUGUUUAAUUUGGUUAUGAAUGAUCUGCAGGUUUCCACCUAACUCAUUCUGGUGAUUUUGAGUUUUAACUACAAACAAGCUGGAUAUUGGAUGAUACUAUCCAAUGGAAAAAUUUGGGGUGAAUCACGUUAGCGUUGCAAAACCAAACAGUUCGCCAAAACUAUUCCCGUAACCAAAACAUUUCCCAGUAUCUUCAAUGAAAUUACUGUUUGGAGGAUUGCAUAGCUGUCUUGGAUGUUUUCUGGUGCUGUCAUGUGAGGGCGUAUCUCAGUGAUUUAUAUCCUGAAUCGAAUCUGGUUUAAAGGAUCUACUGUUUUCAAUUGGAUGCGUUCGGGGUUUUGGAGGGGUCUGACCACAGACAAACCCUCAGAUAUUGGUAAACUACAAUGACUGUUUUGUUAUAGCAAUACUGAUCGACCAACAACCAACCUCCUAAAACCAAAGAGACAAUGCUCAUAGAUCACCCAUGGAAAAUGGCAGAAAUCAGACAUUUUCAGCCCACAGCUAAGUCAACAACCUCUGCAGACUUUUCCAAAUUACUUGCCCCACCCAGAAUAGUUCAUUGGAUUUCACAAAAUACUGCUGUUAGAGGGAUGUUUUGUUGUCUGGGAUUUAGUCUGGUGCAAUCAUGUGGCGUCAUAUCUUAAGAAAUGACCUCCUGAAACGAAUUUGGUUGUGACUUCUCUGCUCUUUGCAGCUUAUCACCUCAGCCCUGCUGGACCCAAAGCAUGCCAGAACUCAUUUCCAAAUCCUCAUAUCUUAAUGCAGGAGAUCUUGGAUUAAAUCUGGUCUUGAAUGCUCUUAAAUACUUGGUUAAAUACACCAGACAUUUGUCUACUGAACAUUCAACAGAACCGAAGUGACAUUUGUUGACAAAAACAUGCAUUGGAAAAAGUAGAAAUUGAACUCUUUUUGUCAACAACCUGUUUCUCAUAAAGGCUUUGUACAGACUUCCAAAAUAUUUCCUUAAUUUCACAUGAUAGUGAUGCUAAAUGGACGUGUUGUUGUCUGGGUUGUAGUCUGGUGCGUUUGUGGAGAUUCUUAUCUAAAGAAAUGACAUCCGGAAUCAAAUGUGGCAAUAAACGCUUCUCUGUUUUCCGCACAUAAAGUGUAUUGUUUGUGAGGGACCGACUGCAAGGAUAAAAAAAUGGUUUAAAAAAUGGGCUUGAAAAUAACACAUUAAAAAACCUUGAGGGUGCAUUGCUUUAAACUUACAGAUUUUGCAUAGAACUGCUUGUAAAGGAUGUAUUGUUGGCUGGGAUAUACUCAUGUGAGGUCUUAUCUAAUUGAUUGAUAUCCUGAUUCAGCAGUGGCCUACCAGCUGACUGAGUCUUGUGUUUAAUUCUAAGGGGCUUUAUUUUCUCUCUCUUUUUUACCCAAACAGCUUUUGGUAUCAAGAACAGGUUCCUUCUUGGACUAGAGACCAUUUAUUGAAGGAUAUGAAAUUUAACUUUAAGUGCUUAUAGACAGAGUAGACGCUGCUGACUGAAAAGCAACCCCUAUUUCAAGAUAUGCUAUGUUUUUCUGGAACUAAUGCUGCGUUCCGGUUACCUUGGAAGUCGGAUGUCAGAGCUGGGAAUGACGCUUCACCUGAGUUGACGCCGUUCCAGUAAACAAGUCGGAAAACCAAGAUGGAUGCCUACUGUUAGCUGUUGUUAGCAGUUCACAGUUAGACGUUGGGCAGUAAAACAUACACCACUUAUUUAAUUUCACAAAAACAGAACAGAAGUGCUAAUAAAUAAAACAUUACGAGAGCUUUCACUGUUAUUCUUUACUAUCGAUGCACUGCGGUGCCAUCUUGGAAUAUGACACUAUCCUCAAGUUGGGGUUGGUGAGGAUCGUAUGGCUUUCCUUGUCAGAAAUCCGACUUCAGGGGGGCGUUCCAGAUGAAUUCCCGACUUGGAGUUUGGAAAUUCCGACUUCCAAGUACAACUUGAAUGCAACAUAAAAAAAAACAACCCUGUCCUUGAAAGAAAUCAGAAGAGUUUGUUUACGCAGCUGUGUGAGGACUGAAUGAUGGAUGAUUCAGUGUGUUUACGGCCAGUUUUAUGACACUGACAUAUUUACAUGUUGAAGACAUGGGCAGCAUGUCAACAGAAUCGGUCACUUUUGCACAAUGCACUUUUACGUGAAUCUAAUAAUUUGAAAACUAGCUUGAAAUAAUAAAAGUUUGAAGUUUGUCUUGCAGGGAAUAUCUUGGAUAAUAAUGCCAGUGUUUUAAAGCUUUGCACAUAUUCACAAUCAUAACAUCAGUAUGAUGGUUGGUUGAUGGUUGCUCCAUUGGUUUUUACAGUAGUACAGUGAAAGCGCAGCUCCUUGAAGCAGCCUCUAAAAAGGAGUCUGUAAUCCCAAAGUUUGAGUAAUAUAUCAUGAAGAGCUUCCUUCACUGUUGUGCCUCGUGUUUUUGCAUGACUCAAGCGUAAACAUCUCAAGUGCAAAUAUUGAUCAAAUAAUUCUGAAUACUUUGUUAUUAAUUGUUCAAACAGGCUGUCAAAACAAUGACAGAUUCUCUUGGCAAAUUGUUUUUCUGUGCCGCACCACGCCUGGUGUGUUUGCAAAGCUCAUCACCGAGGCCAGCCACCACCUCCAGCUCCAAAUGAAAAAUGAAAAAUGAUCGAUCAUGACCGGUCCAUCGCACAAUACAAGAGUUGGAGUUUUCGAUUGGCUGUUUACCACAACAGGGCUGACAGGGAAAGGGUUAAGCGUAAACUUUAGUCUGUAUUCAAACUCAGGUCUAAAAAGCAGAGAUAGACUGGCUCAAAACCUUACCAACCUGAGCACCAAAAUGUUGAACCAUGAUCAUGUGCAGUCAAUGUGGGUGAGUGAGUUCCUCCCAGGUCGCCUCCUGAAUGAAAGCAGUACGAGGGUGUGGAUUAAAACAACACCUCUGAAUGGUUUUACAGGUAACAAAACACUUUCACACAGACAGUCUGUCACCAUUUCCCUCUUAACAUCGGCAUGUGACACAGGAUACGCCGACAACAACGUGCAGUCUCAGUCAUGACAACCUUCUUUGUGUUUGCCGAGACGUUUCCCGCUAGCUCCGUGUUUUGAAGAGCGAUCUGAAGAGCUCAGUUUUAUGCUGACAUGGCUGUGUGAUAUGUGUUCAGAAGAAGCCAGGAGGAGUGUGUUUUUCAUUACCAGAUGGGGAUAUUGGGUUGCAGCAUCGUGUGUCUCAGGGAUUUGUUUGUCUGCUUUCGUUGUGCAGCUUUGAUAUCACCUUCAGUGCGACUCACUGCUGUCUGUUUAUCCAAAGCGAGAUGUUGACAUAGUUUGUGAUGUUCAGAAAGAAAACACUCAUGUAUAUGGAUAUAAAUCCAUAAAACCGUUGCAUAAAAGGGAAAGACUAAUAAUAAAUCGAGCCUCUUUAGGAACACAGCUGUUGCAGACUUCUUCAAUUAAGUUUAUAUGAUCUGUGACUUCACUUUCUUGUCACAGCGGUGGGGUUUCCUGGAAUCUCCACUGAGAUUACUGAGUGUAUUAAAUCAAACACAGACAUCAUUUGAUGUUAUAACUCCUGUCUAAAUAAGCAUAAAAGUAAUUAAUGAGCCUAGUUUUAUAUUUCACAAAAUAUCUUUCAUUUUUCGUCACUCCAUUUGUUCCUGUGUUGGCGGUUCGCUGCAGAAAUGACUGAUGGGAGCUCUAAUUGGUUUGUGGGCACAGAUUUCCAAAGCCGCUCAGUACGAACGCCCAUUUAAGUGAGAAAGCAGUCAUCUAGAGACAUAAAUGAGGAUAAACAAUAAGAUCAAUGGUUCCUUUUUAGUGGAAAUUUCAUCAGAGAAUAUUUUGUCCUCUAACUCGAACAGAUGUGCAAAGAUGCAAGUUUUGUUGUCUCUUGAAUCGUUGGUUUAGAGCGAGAAUCUGUUUAACUCAGAGAGUGAAUAAUACUCUAUAAAGACCAACGUAAACACUGUUUAUGCUUUGUUCCCUCAUAAAAGCAGGGGGAGGUAGAGCUCCUAUCCAAAUAGAUACCUCGCACAUACAUGGUGUGUAGUCUCAUCCCUGUCGCCCACUGGUUUUCGAAGCUCAAAGACAAAAACAAUGAGCUAUAUUAGAUUUCAGAGCGUGACUGAUAUUUGUGUCAGAGGUGGCCGACUGAUCACAGUUUUUUAUGGGCCACCACCUUCUGUAAACUGUCCCGCAGCGCUUUUAUAUGUUUGACUGUUUGUUGACAGACUCAGUUACGAGCUAGCCACUCUAAGCGAACAAAGACAUUGUAAAAUUCUACCUUUAUUUACUUCGAUUGCACAGCCUGUCGAUGUUCUAUCAAGUAACUCAUGCGGUGUCCUCAGACAUUAUCGGUCUAUUUUUUUAAGGCAUUAGCCAAUGUUGAUCAUUUCAACACGUCAUUUAUUUGUACUUUUGAUUAACCGGUCUGCUUUAAAGGUGUGUUUUGAGAGGACGUCCACACUGUGACAAAACUGGGUUUAAAGUAGUGAUGAAACACUGGACUCAUUGUCAGGAGGCAUGUAAUCCAGAGUAAGCUUUGGUGAGAAGGCAAAGAAAGCAGAUACACAUGUUUCAACAACUGUUAAAAUGUCGAGCUUUGAACGUGUUCAAAAACAGACCUAGUUUCAGCUGUGUGAGUUGGACAAGAUAAAUUUACAUGUUAAGACAAAUGAAGGCUGCGUAACAAUGGAUUUCCAAACAGUUUAGUUUUGUUGCAACAGCAGAGGUGGCCUCUCCGGGGUUAUCCCAGUCAAAACAUAAGCUGGGAUGGGCGUUCAUGCUGGGACAUGCCUGGAAGUUAAGAUAAAGAUCCCAUAAACUGGAAGGUAAAAGAAAGGCUUCAGAGAGAAGAACAAACAUGAGCCGUUUCAGAGGGGAGAUUUAAAGACCUGAUAAUAGAACAAGCUAUUUGUGGCCGCCUUGAAACAGCAGAUCUCCCUCCCUGAGCAAUCUGGACUGCCGGCCUCAUAGCGUGACUUUACGAGGCAGCGUUGGGUAUUUUGAAAGUCUUGUGGCUCUCUGCUGCUGACAUAUUUGUGUGACGCUGUUAGAAAUUGGAGAAAAAUGUGCACUGGCUUUCCAAGUUCAUUGAAAACAUCCAGGGCCUGUUAGUAAUCAUGGUUGAUGUGGUAACACCGUAUCGUGUGCUAUAAUUUGAUCUAAUUUGGUAUUUGGGAUAUCUGAACCAUGUACGUACAAACCCCUACACAUGAAACAAGUGUAGGAGGAAGAAGAAAGAGGUAAGAGGAGCUUUUGAAGUCCUGGCAAACAUCUUGAAAGGAGAGAAUCAGUUCAGGGAAGCCCAGUCUUGUUGGUUAUUGAAACCUGAUGGUCUUGUUGUUUGGGAAGAUUUGUUUUCUACUUUUAAGCCACAGCAUAAUAAAGCAGGGCAGAACUCACCUGCCAACUCAGUAUCAUAAUCCGUCAGACAAGGACGUCUUUCUGGGGUGACAGAAGUUGCCUGUUGGCUCUUGAUUCUUGACUCGUCUUUCAGUAUAUCGUGAGAAUGCGAGCAACCGCUGGGAGACAGAUUUAAUCAUGUUUUCAUUUUUUCCAUCCUCGUUCUCUGGAAGGUUUGUUCUGAGUCCCUCCAGCUUUCAAACCACAGUGCUACAUCUCCCCUCGUACCCAAACCCCCUUCUUUUUUCUUUUCUCUGGUCCUCUGUUUGCCGGAGCCGAGCCGGCCCACCAAGGCUCUCUGUGACAUUUAAAAUCCUCCAAAAAAUGCUAUUGUUUGUUUAUGUGCUGAAGCAGAAUCAGCUGUCGUCUCACUGAGAGUUCAGAGGGAUCAAAACACCGAAGAUGUAUUAUUACUUUUAUUUCAAGUCUGUGAUUCAGCUCCGUCAGGGUUUGGAAGGAAUGUGAAAGUAUAAACAUUGAUUUUUAUCCAGGAUGGGGAAUUAUCUUUCAGUGUUGAUUGCAUUUGCAUAGAUUUCCAGAUUUUAAACUCUCAAUCAUGUCCAUCUAGCAAAAGCUUCAACAUCCAAGUACUCUCUGCUUAAAUUACCAGGGUUUCAUGUAAUCCAGGCAAGGAAUGAAAGAGUUUUGAGCUGAUUUAACUCUCGAUUCAACCAUUUCCAGGAGAUAAAUCUGGUUUUUGGACCUUUGAUGAUGCUGAUGUUUGGCCCAGAUUAUCUGGUAAUGCGAGGAGUUUACAGAUCCAGUCUUAAGACCUCUCAAAUGGCAAUAGUUUUUAAGCCAAUAAAAAAAUAAGACAGAGUUGCUGCAGCAGACUUUCUAGAACUAGCAUAUGCUAACAUAACGUGGGACAUAAUCUCAGUUUAGUUUCUGCAUAAGAACAUAAUAAUCCUUACUUUGGGAUUUGGAUUCUCAUCACUGGAAGUUUUCUGGGUUCAACUUUGAUAGGAGAAGCAUUAACAAGGAAAAACAGUCUGUGUGGAGAGCAAAAGCAGGCGUAAUACAAUCCGCUACAAUGACAUCUCUUCUGCUGUAAUCUGAGGACAGUUUAUUUACCUCUGUAAACAGAAACUUGGAUACAAGAGCAGUCAACAAUCUGCCCUCAAUCAAACAUGUAUCAUGAGUGACAAAUAAGCUCAACACUGUUUUGUGAAAUCCAAUCAGUGUUUCAAUUUUCGUGACACUUUUAAAUGUAUCAGAAAUGAUCAAUCGGGUCUCUGCUCAUCCGACAAACAAUGACAAAGUUGUCUUCUCCUCCUCUUGAGGACAGAGAAGACAAUGUUUGAAUUUAGACUUUUUAAAAAUCUGCAUCAGGAUUAUCAUUAUUAUCAUUACGACCAACAAAACAUCAAUCAAGUGCAAAAAAUUGUAAGAAAAUCUGUUUAUUGGUUUCAUAACGAUUUAUUGAAAGCAACCAUGCAAGGGUGAGGCAAUGGUUGAUAAUGUUAUUCACAAAACAGGUAACAUAGUUCAGGGUUCCUACGCAAGUAUGGGAAGUAUGGAAGUAAUUUGAUCAAUUUCCAGUAUGGAAAGUAUGAAAAAGUAUCUAUGUUUCCAGACUAUUACCACAGUUCUAAAAUACUGUUUUCUAGAAAUUGAAAAGUAUUUCCAAAAAGAAUUCUAAAAAGUAGAGUAUGGAAAAGUAUGGUAAUUCCAACUGUGUAGGAACCCUGAUAGUUACCAUCAGGAAGAGAGCUCACAGUGUAGUUCUGGGCAGCAGAGAGUGAAGAUGCUGACAGCUAGCUGUAAUCUCAGAAACAGUAAAACUAAAAAACUGAAGCAAACGUGAUACUGAUGCCCGAUCAUUGUGAACUUACCUGUAAGCCGUUCUUUGUGAUAGACACAUGAAACUGCUCCAGACAAUUAUUUUAAACCAGCCUCUAUUCACUCGUAUUCACAUGAUCCCAGUCAUAAUAUGAGGAUUUAUGCUAACCUUAAUAGUGGUAAAAUAGUGCUAUGCCGCUCUUUGUGUGUCAUGUCAACCUCGUGAAGGACUUUCGGCCAACAUUUCCAGUCUGGCAAGUUUAAAGUUGUCACUCCGCAACAUGAUAUGAAAGUUUAACACAUUUAUAUACUUUAUAUUAUUUUACAACAUGUGCUGUAAUGGUUGUAAUGCAAAGCGUGCAGAGUUUUUAACACAUACUAAAAGGCGAACAAUGCUCCCUUUGAUACGCACAGUGGUUCGAUAACACUCGAUAUCUGUCAAUCUGUCAUUUUGCUUGUCUUGUUGUUUCACUGUCUGUGCUCCAUAAUGCUAAUGUGUUUUAUAAAGAGCACCAGUGUCUUAUUUUGAGGGUUAUAUGUUUGACUAAGCUGACAAGCAGUCAAAAGUUAGACUGACUUGAUUAAAACAUUGAUAGACCCAGUGGCGGAGUAGUCAGUGUAAAUAGUGAGUGCAGUGGAAGCCCGAGUCCAGCUGUGGACUUAGUGUAGGAAAUGCAGUGGAUGUUUCUGCCUGUGACUGUUCUCUGACAUGAUUCCCUUCUCUUGAAAGCCUUGGCUGCCUGCCUGGAGGCUGAUACGGAUCUUUUCAGUAAGACACGCCUAACACAGAAACCUGAAUUUAGCUUUGAUUCUUUCCCCUGUCACCGUGCCCGGUCGACAUCCAGUGACAUUAAACAGAUAAAAAGAUCCCAAACCACCAAAAAUAGCUCGGUGUUGAUUAAAAAAACAGAUGCGUCCAGACUCCAAUACCAGCAGCACCAUCAGCACCAGCACACAGAUAUUGUCUCCUGAAUACUUUAUAAUCACUGUUUAUUUUGAUCAUCAAGGUCUGCCCGUGGGCUUUUGUGCAGCAGCAAACAAACAAACAGCGACAGACCUGCCGGGCUGGCUCGAGGCAUCUCGGCACAUCAAUCAAGGUUUGAUAACAAACAGAGGAGAAAAGCAACAGCUGAGUCUGUCGUGCAUUGUCACUGUCAGCGGAAAACAUACAAAUAAAUACAACUUUAUUGAAUGUAGUGUAGACAUGACCUACAAUUCUGCUGUGGUAAAAUCUGGAGUCCAGAUUUGCAGAACAGUAUACAGAACAAACAGAAUUAAUAGCGCCAAAAAAGUAUUACUAAGUGAAUGUUUUCUGCUCCAAUUCCAGAGAAGUUUGGACGCUGUGCUUAUCAUAAUCAAAACAGCGUUUUACGGUUACUCAGCAGCAGGUUUCAGAGAAUUGAGACAGGGACAUGUUUACCUUUGUGUUGUUUCGUUUCUUCUUCACACAACAGGGCAGGAUUUCAGCUGCUCAGGGUCUCCUGUGUCAUAUUUCUUUUUUGUUUUAUUAUUUGCUCUAAGUUUUUAAUUGGUCGCAGCAGGACUCCUCUUCUACAGGUUUGGCAUUGUCUUAUAUAUAUGAAGGUCUUCCCUGGAAAAGUCAUUGUCUGGAUGGCAGAUCCUAAACCUGUAUGGAGUGAAAAACUGUGUUCAUCGUGAUGGUUUCUGAGCCAUGCGGGGACUUCCACUACAGAGUCCCUGUACUGUUUUGUAAUGCGGUGCCAUCUCAGGGCUCAGACAUCACAAUUCUCCAGUGUUGGUUUUUGACCUUGAGAUCCCUCCAGACAUUUAUAAAUCUUUUAAUGACAUUAUGAGAAAUCCCCAAAUUCUUGAGAACAUUAUUGAACUAUUUGGUCACACAGUCCCUCACAAAGAGUUACUAUUUUUGCCUCUGAGAAACUGUUGUCUUUGCACGAGUUUAAAAGUCAAAUAUAGGGUUUAAAUGAUUUGCAAACUGUCUAUCUAUUAAAUGAUCAACAUUUUUUAGAGCUGGGAUCAUAAUAAUACUCCGUCUCAAUAUCCAAACUCCUGUUUUCUGUCAAAGUUUAGGCUUUCACUCUUAUCCCUGACAUGCCCACAUGACGCUCUCGUCUGAUCAUGAAGGAAAUCCAGUCUCUUUCCUCCCCCUGCAGCCAUGGAAGUGAACGGGGACAUUAAUCAAAAGGACUGAUGGGAGGUUGAACCUGUGUACCGAGUGACCCGGCUCAUUGGCUCAGUUAUUUGUGUCGAGCUCUGCCCCUUUCCUGCACAUCUGCGUGAGAACACAGAUCUCUGUACAGGAUCUACUGGAACUAAAUGUUUUCAAAUCAAGAUAAUAUUCCCUCAUGCAUUGCAGGCAUGCUUUAUACUCUCCCCGAAUCUGGCAGACGUCCAGCUCGUGACAGCAUUUCCUUUUUUUUCUCCUCACUUUAGCGAGAUUGGGCUCCAAAGCACAUGCUUGUAGUUGAGAGACAACGCAGUGUACAUACAGCAAGUUAUGCUGGUGAAGUUUGAGACUUUUCCUUUAGCUCAAGCAUUUGUCCGACGUCUUCUCAUUUUCUUUGUCAUCUGUUUUCUAUCCUCAUCUGGCAGAUUAAACGCUGCCCAAAACAAAUAAUACCUCUGAGCUGGCCCAGUGUUUCUUUACUUUACCCUGUUUCCUGAAAUAGACGAGAUUGCACGCAGAGAAAUACCUUCCAAUCAUCGCUCUUUGAAUUUCAUUUAAUAACCCUGUGAUGAAAAGAAGCCAAAUCCUUUAAAUGCUGUUUUUUUUUUUUCUCUGAAUGACAAGAGGGAUGGUCGCCUGGAGUGAAUCUCGCCUGAAAAGCACGCUCUGAAUUUCACCAAUCCUAUAAUGGGCUGUUUUCUGCAACAGGAAGCUACAUUUGGAUUCUGAAAAGUGGCCUCUCUUGGUGUCGAGUUACACUUUUUCUUAAAAGGAACCAGAAGAAGCUUGAAAGGAAGAAGUUAUGUACAAGAUAAAGGUUGUUUUGGCCGGCGUAACUGAAGUUCAUACUCUUUCGUUUAUGUUUGAGUGAACAGCCAUGAUAAAAGGAAAAGCUGCUUCCCUCAGGAGGGUCAUGGGUGUUGCAGGAUUCAAUAUUUUCAACCACCACUGACAGGAGGACUUCUGACUGAGUCAUGCAAUCAAACAAAAACAAUUAGUGUUUGCACAGAAAGCUGCAGCAGCGACCCCUUGUGGUGGAAAGGAAGCUGUAAGCCUGAAACUCUCACGUUGGUGACUGAACAUCUAUUUUUCAGCUCAGUCGUGAGUCACAGUCUGCUACAUGCUUUAUAAAAGUUUAUUUAAGACCACAGAGGCCACAGAAACACUCAGAAUGUGUUUACUGUAGAGAACACCGGGUCUCUGAGUUAUUAACCUCACAAAUAAAACUCGGGUUAUAGACUGAAGCAGGGUGUCAAGAUUGGUCACCAGUCAGGCCAAUUCUUUGGAUGUCAAAACUUAGAAUCACCUAAAAUUCUUCUAAGUUCAGUCUUUGCUGAGUAUUUUCAUCUGUUCUUGGUUUUGCCACAGAAUCCUGAUAAACCAACAUUAGAAAUUCAAUAAGGCAGCACUGUCUUUACAGUACAUCACACAAAUAAAUUGAAGCUUAAAGAUCGAGUCAAGCUGGUUACAUUUUGGCCCGUAUCUGGCUGCUAAAGAUGCCACGUACCCAAUCGUUGGAUCCCUGGUAUUGAAACUGAGGCGUGUACUUCCUGAUGCACCUGAGGCCAAGUCUUUGGCAGGCUGGGGCUUCAUGUUUUCACAUUUUCACCGUCCACAUGUCCAGGUCUCAGCAUAUCAAAGUGCAGCUUUACAGAGAUGAAAUUAGGUCCAGGGUUGUUGUUGGUAAGUGUGUGCCAGUAACUGAGAAAACUGUCUGUAACUUCAAGUUAUUCUGCAGUUUUGUUGGUUUUCAUUUAAUUGUAGUGAGUUAUUUAUUAAAAUGCAUAAUCAAUAGUGAAUAGUAGUAUUACCUUUGGGAUAUGUUCCCCUCCAAAAAAGAAGAAGUGCUGAGUUGUGUUUUGCAGGUUUGGUACUUAUAAAACGUUUUGUGGAGAAUCUGAGGUCGUGGGAUGUGCUGUGAGUGGGAUGAGAUUUAUUAAAUCUUGAAUCAAAUUUUUCUGCUUUGCUGCAGGCUGCAUCAAACUAUCAGAUUACACAAAUCAAACGGUAAUGGAAAAUUUGUUGUGCAACAAUAUUUUGGUCAAUGUGGACUCCCCUUUCUUCUCUGCGGAGGUGGUGUGCAUGUUUGAUGUAAGUGGUAAUCUGUGUUUUUCUUCCUCCUUUUUGCUCCCACAAACUUACUGGAAUUUCUUUCCAACUUCUGCUCGAGCUCUUGCCAAGUAUCAUUUAACAUUUUUUCUUCUACACGAACCAGUCGGCAGUGCCAUGGGCUGUUACGCUGUUAGCAGCAGAGAGAGAUGAGGAAGGAGAACAUGAAUAAGAGUCCGCCGCUCAGUGAAGAAAACCCAGAGAAAAACAAACAGACGGUCCUCUUACUCACGCAAACUUUAAACAGGGGAAAAAAAUACUACAUGAGGGAUGUGGUGGAUUAUUCAGUUUGGUCUUGAAUUGGAUUGGGCUGUGUUUGCCUGUCUGUGUUUGGCUGCAGUACAGAGAUGAAUAAAGUUUGCAUGGAUCUUUCUUUUUUGUUCUUAACGGUGAUAUUUUGUUCCCGUACUUCCUGCACAUGCUGCCCCCUUUUCUUUCGAGCUUGUUCUGGUUGUAUGCACAGAUGCUCUUGUGCUUAGCGUGGUGUUGAUGUGUGACUGUCAGGCCGUGCAGGUCUGUGUGUCUGUGUAAACACUGUCUGAGUUCUAACUUGGAGGAGGGUGGGGAGUGUUUAAGUGUCUGUGUUUAAGUGGGAGUGUUUAGGGGCCCCUUCCCUCCUUAAAGAAGUUGCGUGACAGGACUGGACGGACGGGUUGGGAGAGGCCACAUCCUUGGAUUUUCCUGUAGUGGUCGUCCAGAUAAGGAACAGCCAACAGCCACACUUGACUAUUACUUAUAAAAACAGAACCCCAAGGGACAGAUGCAAGAGAGUGUUAAGUGUGUGUGUGUGUGUUUCCAUACCGUGUGUGUGUGUGUGUGUGUGUGUAGAUAUGCGGGCUGCCAGAUCUGUUCUCCUCCAGCUAUGAGAACCUGUCCUCUGGAGGUGAAUCAAUAUUUGAAGCUCAACUCAAACCAGAUCAUUGGAUUUGCUUUUAUCUCUUCUGCUCUUUCACUCAUGAUCUCACAUUCAGAUUAUUUUCGCUGCAUGUUAAAAACGGUCUUAUCGUCAGUGUAGCCAAAUGUAGAACAUGUUCAACUGAGGGCUGCACAGAGAUACACAAACCACACAAGCAUGUGUAGAAAAGAAAAAUAGUCUACAGACCACGAAGAAACUUAUAAAAACGACAGAGAGAUGCAAAUCAAACUCAGUGUGGCGCAGAAUAACCACAAGGACUCAGAAAUUGAGCGUGGCGCUCAAGUUCAAGCCAGGCCACUAACCUUGGAUUUUCACCAUAUCCGGAACAACUCCGAUCCGACAUACAGCGACAAUUUUCGCUGUACGCCAAUUCCUACCAGGUCUGUUUGUGAGGCGAAUUUCAUGGCAGAUUACAGACAGCAGGAAUCGCAAAAACUCACAAGAACCCGCGGAUUCACAUGCAAUCAUGUGAUAUCAGGUUGUCUAUAGCCACAUAGGCGAACCAUAUAAGCAGUAGAUUGCGUCCUUCCCGAGGGGGAAAUCCACUUCUUGACUUAUAAAAUCAGCAUCUCCUCAUCCAUGGUGUCAUCGGGGUGAAAUGACGUCUAAAACUAUUCUCGUUCUUCCCCGCUCAUUUGCAUGGUGUGAAAUCCAAUCCGCCUGAAACACGGGGUGUUUUAUUUUGAUAAGAAGUCAGAUGUUUUAUUUUGUGUUUGUGCCCGACUUCCUUUCCAGCACAUGUUAAUCUGUGCUGAAUUUAUCCGGCAUGCUCCGACGUCUGGAUUAGCUGCGGAGUCCGGCGAUCCGCAGCUGAAUGGAAAGAAGCCGGUGGAAAUUGACACAUUAACUUGAAUGGUUACGAUCAGCUACAAUCGGCGGAUACGGCCUUUUCGUAGCCGUUACGGAUGCGGUGGAAAUUGCCAGUAAGGCCUUGUCCACAAAGAAACGAAAACAAUAUAUCAGCGUUUCCUUUUGAAACAGUUUUCCAUAAAGAUGAAAUCAUCUCAGAAAAUAUCCGUGUGAACAUGAAAUCACUGAUAACAACUGAAUACAAUGUAGUGUAUAUGCCAAGCCAAUAGAGGCGCUGUAACGCUGCCCUGGAAAUGCACCAAAAGAUGGAAGAAGAGUACGGAGGACGCGUGUGAAGGUCGUUUUGGCCAAACUAGUGCAGGCGCCUUAAGAGAGUUAUGCUGUGUGUGACGUAAUUGUUUCAAGAGAGUUGUAGAUAGAUGUCCAUACCAAAGACUGUGAAGCCACCGUGCGAACAGCACCCUCUGGUGACGGGCUUUAGUAUAGGUCAUAAAUCCCACGUCCUCCAGCAAUCUCUAUGAAGCUGUGGACAGACUUUAGAGAUUAAUUACACAUAAUAUAAAUUCUCCCCCACUGCUUGCGAUGUUGACAUGUAGUUACUGUAAGUCCUCUUUUUUCUGUGCAGCUCCAUUUUUAAAAGUUAUUAAUUCUCUUUGGUGAAGGUGGCCCCGACUGAGCAAUAAAAGGGGAAAUAUCCCUUUAAAGUGAGCAAAACACACGUUUUACCAAUCACGUGUAAUCUUUCCCAUGUUUACAUCCCUGAGAGUAACAUCAUGAGUCUUACUGCCUUUGAGAAAACAAUCUUAACAUGACAUGGCACGGUGAGCUGCUGAGAGGAUAACGACGAAGACUGAAAAAAACUCACCGCUCUGCCAAGAGCUGCAGAGGUAAAGCCAAAACAAACAGAGAAAGAGAAUAGCUGUUGUACGAUGUGACGGUGCCAAACUGGUCCUGUGUAGUGUUGGUAGAGUAAUGCGACGUCUGCUUUCACUGGGAGGGGUUUGAAAACAAAGGUACAUCACAUAUCGCUGUCAUAAAAAAAGAAACAAUAGAGAGGUUGUGGAGUGUUUUAAUCCUGUACCUGGAAAUAGCUGUCUAAACAGGCAUUGUUCUCUGGCUGGCAUGCUUUAAUACCCAACAGCUCAAGUACAAACACAGUCUGUCUUUCUGAUUCAGGUUUUUAAAUCACAGAAGAGGAGGGUCACAUAACAAGUUUAUUUCCAGUUGUGACCUUUGACGUCUUAUAAUUGACUUUUGAUUUGAGUGUGCUAAAGGUUACACACAGUCUUCCUGCAUGCAAGACAUGUGAUAUUUACAGAGUUAACUCAAUGAAAGGCCCAUUAUCUGUUCCUCCUGCUCUAAAUUAUGCCUAAAAGGUUACAUUUUGAACAUGACUGUGAGGUUCCUACAUUAAAUUUACAUCACGUCAAACAGAGAUUUAAUCAUGUGCUGCUCGGGUUUAUGACCAAAAUCAUUUCAAAGCAGGCGGCCUCAGUCUAGAUAUGAUGAUUUUGCAUCGGCUGACAUCUCUUUGCUGUCUUCUAGCCGGUAGCUGAUAACUCUUUUCAGGAGAGGUGUCAUGAUGAUGCCACCAACUAAUAAUUGAUGAUUACUGUAUAUUUAUCUGCAAUUUAUUGCUGAUUUUUGUGAACAACUUUGGUUUAUUUUUGCUCCAUAACCAAAAUAGUUUGUUGUAGAGAAGUUAGAUUUGGGGUAUUGGGACUGGCCUCCUGCUCCGUUAAAGAGCCUGUUUGUGCAGCCUUGAGAUAUCCAAUACUGCUGUGUCAUUGUAGUCCUUUUUGUGGAUCUGUGUGCAUGCGUGGAUAAAUUUCACAAUAUUGCCACAUCAGUGUAGAUGUUUCCAAAAAAAUGCAAAGAAAAGGCUUUUGUUUUGGAUUAGAACAGUUUUUAAACUGUGGUAUGUCUGCAUUCACUUACAUGCUGCAAUCUCGUCUAUGUACGAAGAAACCCAAAUAGAUUGAACUAUGACCUGGGUUAAAAUAUGUAAAAAAAAUGACUGACAUUAUUAAAGAUGUCUUCGUCUAAGCUAUUUUUCUGUCUGCUUUUCCGAACAGCCACCAUGAAGAGCAGUAACGGCUAUCGGACGUUUCCUGGAGUGAACGGGCAGAACGGGAACAUCGUGGACACUCCAGGCUUCUCUGAAGGAGAACUGCUGCUCCAGGUAUGACACAAGCCGGAGUCACUCUUUCAAAAAAAUUUUCCCACGUCUUACUUUUUAGAAGUUUCAUUUGUUUGCUUUUAGUUGACAGUCCUUGUUUUCGACUCUAAACUACAUUUGACAAAAGCAAAGAGACGUCAAGCCUUCUUACAGUCAGCCUUUCAGUCGGUGGCAUUAGUUUAAAGUCAAUACUGUCCGAGGUGAUUAACUCGACUUUGAAAUAUGGCCGCAAAAUCAAAGAAAAGCAUUCGUGGAGCUACACAAUCGUGAAAAUAUGCAGCGCAAACAAAGCCAAAACAUGACAGGACCCUCAGCUGUUUGAAUACGCUGUCAUGCAGGAGGAUCGCGAGGAACAGGCGGCUUCAGAGAUAUUUGAUCGAGAUUACAGAGACUCAUUGAUCAUCAAAGUAUCAAACAGAAUUACAUUAAAUACUAUUAGACUAAAUCAGAUUAAAUGGAGUGAGGUCAGCUUGAAAUUAAAUUCAUUUUCAGUUAUGUUUGUAUCUUUGUCUCUUACUUCCUUGGACUAACUUGUUUAAGACACACUGACUCUGUUUGUUCCCUCAAGUUUCUUUCUUUGACAGUAAAAAAUGUAACGAUAAAAGGAACUCAAACCUUUUCCAUCUCUGAAAUAUACGCCCUAUCUUGAAUUCAGGCCAAAUAAAAGGUUUUAGUAACUAAGAUUCAGUUUAAAAGGUAAAAAAUAGGAAGUCAAGUGAGCUAAAAGCUAACACACAAAAAGACAAAGCAGACCGCCUGUGUAAUUCUCUAAAAAAAUAGUGUAAUUAACCUUUAAACUGCGACAGAAAAACCCACACAGCCUUAUAGAGAACAGCCUGAGGCCCUCGAAUGCAUCUCAGCGCUGUCAGACUUUGUUUAUUUGCGCGUUAGUCGUGUUGUGUAGAGUUAAUCCAUCUCCAUCCGCUCAGGAGGAAGUUUUCACAGGCGAGGCUGCUCGUCUCGUCGCGUCUUGCCAAAGCUCAGCCACACUCGGUGGCUCUUAACAAAACCUGGGACUGUCAAAGCUCCUGCACCUGGUUUCUGGCUGUCACCUGUCGGGGGACAUUUUCAUACUUUGUCUUACAUAAUGAUUACGACAGGUGCUGAUUGUUAAACACAAAGAGCCUUUGAGAGCAGCAGCUGUUGGUUUAAUGUUGGGGUUUGAAACUCAGCGUCUUUUGUACAUCAUCAGUCAGAGUGACAAAUCACACCGUGGUGUUACAAAGGCAGGACAAACCUGUAGAUUCUGUUUGGUCUACGGGGACUCACGGUUAGUGACACAGUCUUUUUACGAGGAUGUGAAUAUGACAACAAAGUCAUAUAUGAGAAACAACAUUCAAAUGUAAACUGUGCUGCAAGUUUGAUCAGGUAGCAUUAAAAAAUUACAAAGCAAAUGUCAUGAACAGAAGUGUAGGACUUUAUUAAACACUUAAAUGCACAUGCAAACGUAUGCUGAUGGAACAAUGCAAUGUCCCUAUAACCCCAACCAUAGUCAAAUUUGAAAAGUGUUAAGAUUAUUUAUGAAGAUUUUUAUAGAUUCAUUUACACAAUAUAAAACUAUUAAGUCUUUUUUAAACAAUUUCACUUAAAACAUCAACCAGUUUUAUAAAAAAGUAUAAUUUGUAAUUUCUGUACACCUUCUCCUCACUAGUUAGCGCCAGAUUUACUGGUUAGUUAAAGUUAUUCUUGAUGUUUUUGUUACUAGAGUUAAAAAUACUGGUCAAAUGUUGUGUGUAAGUUAUAUCCCAGCUGUCCUCAACCACACAGGGUUGUAGCUUUGGUUUAAGGCUGCAGCCAUAAUGCUGUCAUGUUCUACUAUAUGGAUGUAAACAAGCACAGAUGAUGCAGCAUUUGUUUUCGAUCUGGAAAAUUUAGUUAGAUGCCAGUUUAACCCAACACAGCCAAUUUACAAAUGUAACUACUUGUGUAACUGGAGCAGUGUGCAACCAGCAAAGACUUGAGGAUGUUAACCUUUAAGGGAGACUGAAGGCUGGUGAUGACAGUGUGGCUGCAACCCCAAGCCCUCUCGCCUGGUAGCGUUUGGCUGUAACUCCCCAGCUUCUAAUCUUUGACAUAAAAGCUUGCAUCUUAUCCAUGAUGUCUACUUUAUACUUUGAUAUGAAACAGCCAACAUGCUGAUGAAUGAAAACUUAAAAUAUAUCUGAGUAUCUGGCAAUAGGGGUUUGGCACCCACACAGACUGCUAAAGCUAUGAACUUUGAACAGUGUGCAGCAACGUCAGAGGUUUUUCUGCAGGAACCUCUGUGCUAACGGUCUGUUUCCUCUGCAGGCGCUGAACGGCUUUGUUUUGGUGGUCACGUCAGACGGCACAGUGUUUCACACCUCUACAACAAUCAAGGAUUACCUGGGCUUUCAUCAGGUGAACGAAGAAAUUUAGAAACAAGGAAAAAUCAUGUGAUAUUAACCAGAUUGUGACCUUUAAGGACAUUUCCUUAAAUUUCUUUUAUCUAAUUUGAGACUUUUUACAGAUCAGCAGGAACGCUGUGUUCUGUGUCUUCUGACCAUGUAGUGAUUAAAUGCAUUUCCUCUGUUUGCCUUCAAAUCAGGUGAAGCCUGGAGUGUAAUUUACUAAAAUGACUGAAGUUUGAUCUCUUUUCUCUGUCUGCAGUCGGACGUCAUCCAUCAGAGUGUGUUUGAGCUCAUCCACACUGAUGACCGGGCGUUAUUCAGACAGCAGCUUCAUUUCGCCUUCAACCCCCCGGCUGCUGACGCUGAUGGAAAUGGUAAGAACAUGAACUGUAAAUUAAUUCGCUCAUUAAAGGUUUCUUCUGUAUAAUUUUGUGUCUUUUUGUGUUUCCAGCCUUGCAGAGUUGUGACAGCGUAAUGUCGUACAGUCCUGAGCAGCUUCCUCCAGAGAACUCCUCCUUCCUGGAGAGGAGUUUUGUGUGUCGUUUCCGCUGCCUCCUGGAUAACUCCUCAGGCUUUCUGGUUAGUGGAACAUUUAAAGUCCAGAAAGCUAACGGUUGCUGUUUUUUGUCCACGCCGGGACUUUUAAAUGGCUCCUGACUUACUCCUCUCAUGUUUCAAUCACACCAGGCUCUGAAGUUCCAGGGGCGGCUCAAGUACCUCCACGGUCAGAAGCUUUUAAAGGAAAACGGGACGUGUAACAAACCACAGCUGGCUCUCUUCGCCAUCGCCAUGCCCAUCCAGGCUCCGUCCAUCGUGGAGGUCAGGGCUAAGAUGCUCCUCUUUCAGUCCAAACACAAACUGGACUUCACACCGAUGGGCAUUGAUAGCAGGUGCUUCGAACUCUUCUGUUUUUUUUCCUGGCAGGAUCAUUUUUAAUAAAUUGUGCAAUGGAAAAAAAUCCAGAUGGUCAAACUCACAACAGCAUCUUUGUGUGUUUUUCCACUCCUUAUAAAAAUAACUUUUUUACUGCCUUAAUUCGUCAACUGGUACUUGUUAGCUGAAGUUUAUUCCAGUAGAAGAUUAACUUAAUAUAUGGUCCUUUUCCUCUCUCUUCCUUCAGGGGGAAGGUUAUUCUGGGAUACUCAGAGACUGAACUGUGUAUGAAAGGCUCCGGCUACCAAUUCAUCCACGCUGCUGACAUGAUGUACUGCGCGGACAACCACAUGCGCAGUAAGCCAGCUACUUUUACAUCAAAAUAAAUAACUGUUAUUUGUUCAGCAUCAACGCUUUGAUUUGAUGAUAAGGUUUCCAACAAAAGACUAAAUUCUUACUUGGCAGAAAAAGUUAAUAGAGGUCAUAUGUUUCUGUUGCUUUCCCAAAGAACACAUUUCAUUGCCUCAUGUUGUAAUCGUGGUUUAGUUACAACAGCAAAUACUCAGUACUCGAGAUGAGGGGGGAUGAGGAGGGAUGGCAUCCCCUCUAAAAUGAAAAAGGUCAAAAUCAUCCCCCUUCUAAAACAGUCAUCCCAACUUUCCAUCCCUUGAGCAAUUUGGGUCAAUGAAUGUGGAAUAUUACUACUAUUUUAACAUUAGAAAUAUUACCGCAAUUUUAGAGAUUAGUGGGGGUGACGGAGCAGCGUCCUCACUGACUGCAGGCAGCACAUGGAGCCACACACACACACAUACCUACACACACGCCAAACAUUUCCCUGCCGGCGUCACUUAUUACCCACUUAACCGUGCUACUUUUCCUUCUCCCUGUUGGAUAGGGUAACCAAGGUUACACUCUUGGAGCUCUAUCAGUUAACUUAAACAUACGUUCACAACAUAGAUAUUCAUCCCUCCAUUUACCUGCCAGGCAUCCAUUCACGCCAUCAUGUUUCCAAAUGAGGAAACAGAGCCAAAAAUUUCCGUGUGUAAAAUAGGUGGGUAUGGAGGGUCAAAGUGGUCACAUGAUGCAAGAAAAAUUAAUUCCCUUGUUUUCUGUCAUGAAUCCCUAAAAAUUAAUGCUCCACUGAUUUUUGUAAAAACUUAGUUAAAAUGGCAAAAGAUUAAAGAAAAAGGUCUGAAAGUUAAAAAUGGUUUAAAUGUGAAUAAAUUAGAUUUUUCCAAACUUAUGUAAUUGAUAACAUCCAACUGGGAGGGGCUAGGGGGGUUUAUAAGACGGCUUCCUUGGCCUUCCUUUGAGUCUGGAGUUUGUUGUAUGGAAGGUAACUACCAAACAGACUUUUCUAUUGCUGUUGUGUUUCUGUUUUUUUCUCUUGAGUGAGAAUCUUGAGUUAUAAUGGAAAUCCUGCCUUGUUGGCAUUUUCUUUUUUGCCUUGUACAUUUUCUAAGUAGUAUUUGACCGUUUAUUUUUUUUGCACUUUUGUACAUAUUUUUGCACCUUGGAAGGUCGGCUGUAAAUAAAUCCCAUCCCCAUCACUGUGUUUUCCACAACACCUGUGUUUUUCCACUAUAUUGUGAUUGUUUGAGCGAGAACCCAGCAGUAGGGGGAUUUGCACAUAUUUAGUAAAAUACUUUUUUUUCCUUUUUUCUAAAAAGAUGACAUCAGUGAGCAGCGCUGGUGACGCUGUUGCGAUUUCAGUAUCAUGGCCAAGUGACAUGGACAGCUCAACCUGAGGGAUUAUGUAAUAUAAUAAUUAUCUUUGUGCUUAAGUAACAAUAAAAUUGGUACAUAGUUGGUUUCCCACCAGAACAAAAUAUCUGUCUCAAACAAUAAAAUCCACAAUCGCCCCCUGAUUUUUUUUUCACAACCUGACUACUGCAAAUACUUCAUAAUGUAGAAGAAGAGUUAUAAACCUCUGACUGUGUUGUUUCUGUUUUUGUCUCACAGUGAUUAAAACAGGAGAGAGCGGUAUGACUGUGUUCAGGCUCCUCAGUAAAAGCAAAGGCUGGGUGUGGGUGAAGGCCAACGCCAAGCUGAUCUUCAAAGGAGGAAGACCUGAUUUCAUCAUCGCCUAUCAGAAAGCCCUAGCGUGAGUGUUUGAUCCUCUCAUAAUUUCAGAUCUGCUGCCUCGACUUUAAGAGAUCGAUGACUCAAGCCUUGUAGAUUUUAUUUUAGACUCAGAGGAUCUGUUUGGUCUGUUCCAGGAACGCCGAGGGGGAGGAGUACCUUCGUCAGAGGAGGCUGCAGCUCCCCUUCACCUUCACUACGGGAGAGGCCGUCCUCUACAACUCCAGCCCCACAAUGGAUGUCAAUCAGUUACAGUUCAACAAAAUGUUCAAUAGUGAAGACACCAACAAAAUGUUCAGUAAUGAGAGCGCCAACAAGGACCAGGCCCCCAUCUCUCUGAUGGAGUGCUUCCUGAGACAGGACGAGACAGCCUACACCAAGACAAUCGAUCCCCCCACACCCCUGGAUCAGGUCUUCAUAGACACCCGGGCUCUGGUCAGCAUUCCCAGCGAUGCGUGGCAGGAGAGCGGGUCUGUGUCUACGACAGAAAACCCCGUUGUGGUGAAAGAGGAGGCCAAACAGUCAGUGAUGGCUGUGAUCGAUAACCUGGAGGAAAUGGCGCAGAAUAGUGACUUCUGUGCAGCGCUGCAGAAUCUGGAUGUGGAGGAGGCGGAGCUGAUGGAGUGGGAGAACACCCUGAAGAGAUUAAGCCAUGAGGAGCUUCAGCAGAGCAACAUGAGCUCUGAGCUGGACAGCAUCCUCACCAACGACAUCUUUGACUACAUUGAUAACGUUUUGUUCAAGGAGAACAGGGAGGACGGUCUGAACGGCAGCACGCCAGCCUGCCUCUCAGCCAACAACCAUCAGCAGGACCUCUUCACUCAGGCUGCUAACGGACUUAAUCCGCAGUUGUUUCAGACGCCGAGCCCUGAUCAGGCAUGCCUUCAAAUGAACGGCAUCUAUGCCCACCAGCAGAACACAGGUGCUCAGGUCUUCAACAACACGCAGAAACUCUCCCACCAGGGACCCCUGAUCCCUCAGCCUGACUCAAACCUGCCCUCCCUCCAACAUCUGCAACUCCAGGACAUUUUCAGUCCAUCCAUAGAGCUCCCAGAGCUCACUAUUCCUGAUAUCCCCACCUCGUUUCAGUCCUGUGAGCAGGCCUCCAGCGUCUGCCCUCAGAUGCAGUCCACCCAACUCCAUCUGGGUCCUCAGAACAGUUUGCGUCCCGCUCAAAAUGGAAAUUUCCAGCAGAGCGCUGUCAAACAACCAAACAAUGUAGCACCAGGCGUUAUGGACAUUUUGCCUCCCAUGAUUCCGUGCAGUGACUUUAAUCCCUCCAGCGCGCCUAACAUUCAAGUUCCUUUCACAGGGUCGUGUCUGCAGGGGAGCCCCCAAAACCAGCAGGUCCAGCAGUGGCCCCAGAACCAGCAGCAGACUCAUGCUGGUGUCAUGCAGAAUGGACACGGGCUGAUGCCAGCGUGCCACAGCCAAACCCCAGAAAGCCAGACUGCUGGACCCUGGCCUCAGCAGGGAGGCCUGGCAUGUGGCCAGGCAGCAACUCAAAGCAGCUGCAUGUACAACCAGCACUUUCCCUCCGGUCCGGCAGGGGGCGACGUUCUGGCUCUCUCAGGGUCUGCAGGCCUGAGGGGGGCAGAUGGGACUCUAGAUCAGAGCCCUCCUCAAGGUUCCUGCUACUUCCAGUGGAGUCACAGCGAGCCGGUGGUGGGGACGUCAGUUAUAAUUCAGGAGAACGCCAACAUCAGCCCUCUGACGGCUCCGCCCACCACGUCGUCCUCUGAGCACACACUCAACAUUCAGCACUAUCUGGACUGCCACCGACCCACAGAAGUAAACAUGUUCCACUGUGAGUUUGAAUAAUAAGUGAUAAAUGAUCCUUUUCAUGCAGUUUUUGAAAUUAUAAAACAUGUUAAUGGUUGUACCUUAAAGGGAUAUUCUGGCUUGAAAUUAAUUUAGGGUCAAACACACCGUAACACCGAGUUAGACACCCCCGAGAGAUGAAUGUUGCCGACCGCUUGCUUCUCUAGUAACACCAACUUUAGUAACGACCGCAGGAUAGCAAUACACAGCAGUCUGAGGAGCCAUAAACAAACCUCAACCAAAACGCCACUCUAUAGCCACAAAUAAUGCUCAGAACAGCACCUAACUUCAUCAACAGUACAUAUAAGGUCCUUGCCAUAGCACUAGCCACCAAACAUCUUUUUAACUUUGCCUAAUUUCUUUAGCAAAGAGACUAAACACAACUCACCUACUCUCUUCCAGCAGACGCUUGCUUGUAGCGAGACCUCAGACCAGUCCAUUACGGACUGCUGUGGGGUGACGCAGCUCAAGGAAGAACAUUUAUGAUCAUUUCUUUAUCAUUUCCUUGAAGUAAUAAUCAUCAUAUUAAUCAUUUUGCACUGCAGACGCAGUAGUUCUUCUGCCUUAGCGUCUCAGUCUGAUUAUAUUUCCAUGAAGAAAUGAUCAUAAAUGUUCUUCCUUGAGCUGCGUCACCCCACAGAAGUUCGCUAUAGAGUGGUGUUUUGGUUGAGGUUUGUUUAUGGCUCCUCAGACCGCUGUGUAUUGCUAUCGUGCGGUUGUACUAAAGUUAAUAUAACUAGAGAAGCAAGCGGUCGGCAACAUUCAUCUCUCGUGGGGGUGCCUAACUCAGUGUUACGAUGUGUUUGACCCUAAAUUAAUUUUACGCCGGAAUAUCCCUUUAAAAGAUCUUGUGGUUCUAAACCGUGAUGUCUUGUUCAGAAAAUAAGCUGUAUUGUGAGACUACUGUACAGUUUUAUGAGGACAAAAGUAACAACACAACACCCAUAAUGCUAUGACUGGCAAAAGGCGAGGGUAUCCUCCUCACCGAGUGGAAAAAAAUAAAAAAAAAAUCCCAUUUUGAGAUUUUGACUUUGUUUUUCGAGAAACAGUCAUUUACCUCAUGUCCUCUUAUCUUUAUUCAGCAGGAUGAAAGAGUGCCAUGGGGAUUUUCUGCCUCUCCUGCUCCAGACGUAGCAGAGUGGAGCUGUUGCAUUUCCGCAGCAACGAAUCCUGGAGGACAAAAGACAUCAACAUCAACAUCACAGUAUAUUUGCCUGUACCAGAUCUUAUCCACAGACUCUCAUGCUUAUGUUUUGUAUCACUUUGUAUUGUGAACUUUGUCCUGUCUGCUAAGUUUAAAGCUUUCGCUUGCCAUAUUUUACCUGAAGAUACACUUUAAUAAUGAUGAAGUAAGAAGGUCACAAGUGCAUUUAUCAGGACGGAGCUUGAGCCGGCUUGGAGGAUACGUCAAGCAAAUCCAAACAGCCAAAGAAAUGUGUCUUUAAAAGGGAAACUAGACGUAGUCACUGCUUUGUUUUCAUCUUCAUUUAUAUCCGCUGUAGACAUCCUAAAAAAUAUUUUAAAAGAAAUUCACUUUUAGAUCAGUCAAAACUUCAACAGAUUGGAGACUUUUUCCUUCAGGUUUAGUAAAAAACAGAGUAAAGAAUCUUAUAUCUACCUGAAAACACAGCUGUAUAUACCAAUUAAUAUUAUUUAUAGUUAAAAAUAACCAGAUAUUUUGCUGAAAUACAAUCUUUAAAUUUAAUAUUUGAUGCCUAAAUCUGUGACAAAAGUGUUGAUUUGCAUGAUUUGUGCAAAAAGCAUUCCAUAUAAUCCUGUGAACAUGUCAGACAUGUGGGUUAAAAUCAGAGGAAAUAAGAGAAAAUAUGGUUUGGAUGUCACAUAACUGCCUCCAUAGAUUGUUUGCAAAGAAGUGGACUCAGACUUAAGGUUUGAAAAAUAAUAUCUGCACAUUCAUGGACCUUCUAUGCCUCUUGCCUCACAUCUUUGUGGCAUAAUUUCAACGAAAUGCGGCAAAUAUUAGUCAGAGAUUUUGGCAUAUUUUAUCGAUACGUCAUCUAGCUGCACAUCCAUGACGCAACUCUCCUGUUAAAACACAUCCCAAAGGAGAUCUAGUGAUAAGAGAGGCCAUUCAAGCGCAGUGCCACGUUCAAGAAACCAGUAUAAGAUGAUCCAAGACUUAGAGGCCAAAAAUGUGCAGAGAAAAUACCAUUACACCAGCAGCAGCAGCAGUCUGAGCUGAUGAUACAAGGCAGGAUAGUUGUAGCUCCACUUCUUUUACAGUCCAUGGAAUAACUCUGAUGACAACAAGGGAAGCAAACAUUUUUAUCCUCAAAUUACGUCCAUUUUAGAAAAGCAUCGAGUCAAUCUAAAAGUGAGAAAAGUUAGAAACCAACGAUUUGAUGCAAAGCUGUAGUUUCACAGCAGCAGCAGUCUAUAUCUGUCACCUUAAUCUGAAUGUUACUUUGUUUAUACGACCACACUGAGCCACACACAGCGCAAACAUGUACAUUUUUCUCUGCAGCUCAAAGAUAAAGCCAUUUAAAUGUGCUUGUGCUUGCUGUCAAAAGCAUCCUCAAACCCUGUUUUCUUCAGUGGGCCUUGGUUUUCCAUCACAGUCCUGCCGAGCUGCACUAAAUCAGGGAAGUCAGGUGAUACAGGUUUUAUCCCCAAGUGCAUUUCAACUCUCUAAGGGGUUUAUUUUCCUUCACUGAAACAUCCUGUAACAUGGAAACAAGGGACCACUCUUAUCUCUCGCUGUGACCUGUCUCUGUAGAGACGGAAAAGUUGCCCUCAUUCGCCAUAUUUACUCUCCCUUUUUGUGCAACUCAGCCAAUUUCUGAUUCUUUCUCUCUUCUGAUUUUGUAAUCUCCACUACAAAUUAUCCUGAACAAGAACAGCAUUAAUAUGGCAGCUUUACUGUAUCACUCAGUAUUGUACUUUUCGUUGUAUUCUUAUGAAAAAACAUUGUAUUCUGAUGCUUAAAAAAUGCAAAACUGACCAUCUGAUAUGGAUUUUUCUGUGCCCUGGCUGCUCAUUGAGUGUCUCAUCCUCAGACUGUGGAGGUUACAGAAAAAUCAAUAUGCCGUCUUUGUUGUCGGACUCUGAAACAGUCACAGAUGUCACAACAUGAUGUCUUCUUACAGCUGUAAAAGGUGGUCAUGUUAACAUGUGCCUUGACAAUUGCCAUAUUUCUAUUAUCUGUACAAAAAAAAGACAAAAAAAACUCACUUUUAUUCCAUUUAACAUAAUCCAUUUAUAUAUCUCCAAAUAGUACUGGUAUCCAUAUCCCUCUAUGUAAACCAAUAACCACCCAUUGUCUACUGUUGAAUACUUCUUCAUAAAUACAUGUGUGCAAUCAUGAAGAAA